AUGUCUUCUUCAGCGACACCGACUACCCAAGCGCGAGGAGGAAGCGGCGAAUCGAGAGGAACGGGACGACGCGGGCAGAGGGGGAGGGGUCAGCGCGGUGGAGGAGGCGGAGGCGGUGGUGGUCGAGGCGGGAGCCAUCGUGGUGGUCGAGGGUCGCGUUCUACUCCUGCUCCUCAAGCCCAAGCACAAGACUCCUCUACUCCAAAGGAUCCCUUGCAAUCAAACAAUCCCGUAGACGAAGCGACGACUGAUCCUCAAGCGCAAUCCCAAACAGCCGUCAGUGGAGCCGGGUUAGAACCCUCAGAAGGCGGCGACCAAGACGUCUGCUGGAUCUGCGCUGAAUCCGUCAAAUACUACUCGGUAUCGGCGUGCAACCACCGGACAUGCCAUGAACCCCAACCAAAAGUAAUCUUCACCACCUCUCCCUCGCAACCCUUCGACGCCUUCCCACCCGAAUCCACACCCUUCACCGACGCCAAACUCCAAAUCUACUUUGAAAGCCGCGAGAUGAUGGAAGAAACGCUCAUCCUCCUCCGAUUCAACUGUCCCGACCCCGAUUGCGAUUAUAUCGGGAAUGGGUGGGCGGAUUUGAAGUUGCAUAUUAGGGCGUCGCAUGGCAAGUUGCUUUGUGAUCUAUGUAUCAGACACAAAAAAGUCUUCGCGCACGAACUCGCGUUGUACCCACCCUCCCUCCUCCCACUGCACCUCCCCUCCAUGUACCAACGGGGCUCCAAAAAGGAUGUACCACCCGACCAAAUCGAGGGCGGCGUGCACCCUCUAUGCGAGUUCUGCCGAGAAUGCUUCUUCAGCAGCGAUGAACUCUACCCGCACAUGCGCGAACGCCAUGAAGAGUGCUUCAUUUGUAAGAGGAAUGAAGUUAGGGAUCAGUAUUUCCAGAAUUAUGAAAGUUUGGAACGGCACUUCAACACCGCCCACUACCCCUGCCAACACAAAGAAUGUCUCGCGCAAAAAUUCGUAGUGUUCAACACCCCGCUCGAUCUGCAAGCGCAUAUGGUCGAGGAGCACGGAGCGGAUAUGAGUGCGCGGGAUCGGAAGAACGCACAGCGCGUGCAGGCCGAGUUUACGUUUGAGGAUGCUGGGAGGCGGUAUGGGAGGCAACAACAGCAGCAAGAUCAUCGGGCAGCUAGAGACGAACACCAAUCACGCUCUGUUCCUCCUCCUCCUCAAGCCUCGACUUCGGCGUCUGCUCCCACACCCGCGCAGGCGCAGGCUGGCCCAGUACGCGGCGCGAACGCGCGGAGGGCGGCGUUUGGCGGUAGUUUGACUACGGGUGGUGCGAGCGAGCAGGGUGGGUCGCAGGGUGCGACGCCGAAUAGGAAUAGUCCUGCUGUGAGUCGGCCUGCUUCGCCGCCGGAGAGGAAUGUUGAUCCUGCUACUGCUGAACGCCACGCCGCCUUCCUCGACCGCCUGCACCACCUCUCCAAGAACCCCACCACCGCGAUCCCCGCCGUCAAAUCCGCCUCUCGAUCCUACAUGACCAACGAAUCCACCGCCAAAGAUUUUAUUUUGACCAUUUGGAAUGUGUUGGAGAGGAAUUUAGAUUCGACGGCGUCUAUUGUGAAUGCGUUUGUUGAUUUGUUGGAUGAGGGGGAGGAGGAGAGGAGGGUUGAGGUGUUGAGGGAGUGGAGGGGGUUUGCUGUUGAGCAACGUCGCCAAUUUCCCGACCUAGUACCUAAUGCAGUAGGAAGUGGGUGGGCGGGUAUAACCUCUGGCCGCGUCCUCAACGCCAAAAACUCGACUGCGGCGCGUACGUCGCACCAGUCCUCGAGACAGGUGUGGGACCGUGUGGCUCGUGCUGCUGGGUCUUCUUCUUCGUCGCAGCCUUCAGGUUCAGGUCCUCCAGGCUGGGCACCACCCCCGAGCACGAGCUCCACCUCUGCCUUCCCGUCUCUCACACCCGCCCCGCGCCCGCCUGACCGGUUCCCGCCGCUCGGCGCUGCUUCGUCUUCGUCGAGUGGGGCGGGGUACCGCCCUGGUGGAGGAGGUGGGCAGAGGACGACGCCGUGGUCUGCUACGGCGUCUGCUGCUGCUAGCGGGAGUCGGGGUGCCAGAUCUGGGUCUGGGAUCGGUGGUGCUGGGGGAAUAGGUGGAGGAGGAGGAGGAACAGCAGGUGGAAGUAGAGCAAGAGCUCCACCCGCACUCUCAAAAUCGGCCUUCCCAGAACUCGUACCGACCAGUACGAACACGCGGGCUAAACCGGUUGUUAGUGGGAAUGUGUCGUUGAGGAAUAUUUUGGGUGUGCCUGCUGCGCCUGUUGCUCCUGCGUGGGGCACCGGGGAGGGGUCUCAGGCUAGCAGUGGUAACGGCAACGGUGGGGGUAAUGGCAACGUCAAUACUUCAAAUGGGAAUGGGAAUGGGAAUAGUGGUCCUGGCGCGGGAGAAGGGACCGGCGCGGGUGCGAGUGCGGAAGCCGAGACGAACGAGAAUGUUACACCCCAGGCUGGCGGAGGAGGGGGAGGGAAGGGUAAGAAGAAGGGCAAGCAGAAGCAGAUGUUGUUUACGUUGGGGUCGUAUCCUACUUAG